CCGCUAACGGCAUCGGCAGGAGAGAAGGAUCGUCGGAGAUACCGGGGAUAUAUCGACAUGAUCCGAUCCACAGCCAAGCACCCAGAACGCGAGAGCGAGAGAUUACCGUUAGCGUCUUGGUAAGAUACUUCUUCGGCAAUGCGAGGCGGCGCUGACAACCCCUAUCAGCGCUACACAGGCCGCAAAGGAAUCCCCCCUUCCCUCUCGAUUGCGAGCAGCACGAGUGACCUGGACGGCGCCAUGACCGUGAGCAUGACCAGACCCCAUUUUGAUGAGAACUCCCCCAGUACGCACGCGGGAGAGCGGACGCAGCCCCACAGGCACCGCUUCGACGUGCACAUGAAGCAUGAAGACCACACAAGACACCACCAUCCAAACAGAGGGGUGUCGGACCCCUCGGCAUUCCGGCCAUGCAGCAGCCACUCGGUGACGGGCGAGGAGACGCCGGGCCUCGCGGGCUUCCUCCCGUCACGGCAGGGCAAGUACGCGGCCACCACCCAUCGGACGCUGCUGGCUGACAGCCCGAUAUCGCUCCCGGCUGGGCAGACUCACGUGCCGCAUGUUGACGAGGCUAUGGCCAAGGGCUCUGCUGCUGGUGGUGCGAUGGGCAGCUCCCUGGCUGACCGCCGGCAGCGGGCGAUGCUGUCAGUGGCGAUUCCUCAGCGUGCCAAAGAGGGUGAGGUAGCUGGUGCGGGAGGCAGGUCGCCAUCGGGUGUGGGUGACGAGUGCGUGACGCCCAUGACGGCCCCACCGCACUGUCGCACUCGCAAGGGCGGCGCCUACUCGCCGCUGCCGGGGUGGCAUGAGAGCACUGGGGUGGCUAGGGAUGUCUACGAGGCGGUCAAGGAACAGGUGGGUGGGUGUGUGGGUGCGUGGGCGACACAUGAGAGAGAGGAGGGGACGAUCGUGCGUGUUGUCUGUUGUGUGCAGGGUCCGCCGUUUCCCAAGUUCCAGUUGUUGAAGGGCCUGACCCUCGAGCAGGCGCGCUUCGCCGGCAUCAUCCGGCACAAGUCACGCCAGCAGCCCGUUCCCCUAUCUGCCUCACCGCACCCCGUCACCAAUACCACGACGACGUGCAGCUACCGCCGGAGGCACACACUCGCCACACACCACCAGCACCAGCACCAGCAGCAGGGCAGCCCGUCCAUCUCGACGCCCCAGACGCCCGUCAUCCUGGGUGCGGACCCCCGCAGCCCCGCCAGCCACCGCGUCAAGCUCAACCUUGAGGCGGCCCUCGGCUUCGACACGGCCAGCCCGAUUGUGUCGCCAGUGGAUGAGAAAGCCGAGUGGGGCAAAGACGAACCAAAUGGGGCGGACAAGACCACCGCUGGCUUGCGUGCUCGUGGCGACCGGCGAGCCCACACGUCCGGGUCAUUUCUGUCGCCGGGGUCAGCGGCGCAGCAUGGGCAUGGGCAUGGGGGGUGGCGAGGGUUCAACCGGCACAGCAGCCUGCCGCUGUCGCUGCACACGGGGUCUGGGGGAGGGGCGGGGGCGGGAGGGCGAUCGACCGUGUCGCCCCGUCUUUUUGCGCUGCCUGAGGGGUCGACACCGACGGAUUGGGAGAGACUGCACGACGCUGCCAAUGGGACUGGUGCUGCAUCGGCAUCGUCGUCUUCCUCCUCUUGUGUAUUGCUGGGCGCGCCCCCUCCCCCAGCCCCGCCUCCCUUCCCCAUUCAGCAAGAGCCCAAGAGCGCGCCGCCCAAUGUUGACGCCCACGAGCAGUGGGGCGACCGUCGUGAUGGUGUACGUGAGGAGGAUGUGGUGAAAUCUGCCCGUGGCAAGUCGCCCCAGAUCACCCUGACCUCGCCGCUCGGACACAAGGCGGCCCUCGCACAGCCACCAGCAGCAGCAGCAGCAGCUCAGCCGUCAUCUCCCAUGUCUGAAGCAUCUCCGGCCCCCGUUCCGCCUGCCCCGACCACUCUUCCGGCUGUGAUGGUGCGGAUGGGCGCUUUGCUUGAUUUGUGGAAGCUCAUGCAGACGGUGCAGGGGGUCAACGUAGAAGACACCCUCAGAGCCUUCGCGCCAAGCAGAUAUGAAGACUGAUUGAGUGACCCUGACCCAUGCAUGGGGUGGGGACGGAUGGGUGGCCGGCCACUGGAGACGAUUUCUUCGUUCGGUGGUUCUUCUUUUUAAUGGAUGAAUGGAUGGAUGGAUGUGUGUGGAUGCAUGUGCGUGUGCAUGGGCGUGUGAGGGAGCGACUGGGUGGGUGCCGACACACACACACAGAGAGAGAGAGAGAGAGGCGACCGACCUGUGUGUCGUGUGCACCAGCGACCAGGGUGGUGUGGGGCGGUGAUGGUAUGUUGUGGAUGGAUGCUUUCGUGGCGUUGAUGCGUCCGUCUGGCCGCCACUGCCCGCCAGGACAUCGGGAGGGAGGGAGGGAGGGAGGGAGGAAGAAAGGGUGGGGGAGACUUUCUCGUUGGGUUUGCAUGUCUGUCUGUCUGUCCGUCCGGCCGGCCGUCCGUGCAUGUGCGUGCGUUGUGAGGACUUCUUCUUUCAAUCGCGCACGCAGAUUCGUGUGUCACAUUGUCAUGUCAUAUGUAUGAUGUGGGCGGGCAGGGACGUGCCAUCCAUCCUUUCUCCUUUCUCAUGGCACGGCACGUGUGCGGGCUGGAUGUAGGGACGCACCGGGACCAUGCAAAUGUCUGGUCUGUGGUCCGUUCUUGCUUCCCUGCCGCGACCGCUCUGAGACAUCCAUCUCUAUGGGUCGGACAAGGCCCCUCUCUCGUUCUUUCUCGCUCGUCAGGGUGGUGUGACAGCUCCUUAAGAGUCUGAUGAGUGGGGAGAACAGCGGCGGGG